UCUACCUCUCGUUUCCUAUCAGUCUGUGGCGGUAAUUUGUUGUUAUUCCAUGUGUUAAUUUUUUUCGUUGUUUAACAAAUAGAACACAAAGAAAAAUGUGAUUAAUCCAUUUUUUUCAACACGUUGAUAAAAUGGCGGACUGUUACUCAGGACUUGAUACUUCACAAGUCGAAUAAGGUUUUCUACUCCAAUGUAGAAAGUAGUGACUGGGAUUUUUGCAAAUAUCUGUUUUGUGAAUUAAUAAGCGGUAACAAGUUCUUCAUUCCUUAAUUGGCUAUUAAAACGUCAGUCCGGAUGGCAUUAAAUAAGAGCGACUGACUCCCUGAUUGGGCGGAAGGCCUGCAACAGCAGAAAGCCAACACUUUUUGUUGGCUUCCUCCAGGUCGUCUCACGUCAUAUAAAGCGGCCAAGAAGUUAGAGGGAAAGGGGAAACCAAGCCUGGUGAACCAAGAUAGCGUCUGUCAAGAUCUCCCAGCGUCUCAAGACGUCAACAUGGCACCCCCUGAUAAAAAGGACAGCACCAAACAAGCUAUAAUUCCGUAUACAACAGCUGUUAUAACAGUUGCUGGGGCCGAGGAUGAAGCUGAUUCCGGUGUCGCUUACUUUGUAGAUGAAGAUGGCAGGUACUACUACCAGCCCACGGUUGAGGGCCAAGAGUUUGUGAUGAACAACCAGACUACCAGCCAGGAUACUGAGCAGGGAACACAAGAAUCAGACACAAUGUUGACUGAUCAAGAAGCAGAGGGCUAUCAAACUGUGACCCUCGUCCCAUCGGAGACAAAUGGAGAAGUCAGCUAUGUGCUAGUCGUGCAAGAGGAGAAUAAAGCUAUGGUCAAUAUUGAUCUCAAGGUGGACCAGAGCGAGGCCGGUGAGAAAGGCAAUGACGAUGUGUACAACUUUGAGGAGGAAGAGGCUGGAGAAGAGGCUUCGGAGGAAGAAGAUGAUGCUCCUGAAGGAAGGCCCAAGCCACAGAAGAAGAGCAAGCACACUAGGUUGAACUUCCAGUGUAACUUCUGUUCCUAUACUAGUCAUCGACGGUACCUGCUCCUUCGUCACAUGAAGUCCCAUUCGGAUGAGCGUCCUCACAAGUGCAUGGUGUGUGAACGCGGCUUCAAGACCAUGGCUUCCCUUCAGAACCAUGUGAACAUGCACAAUGGCGUCAAGCCGCAUGUUUGCAAAUACUGCAACAGUCCUUUUACUACUUCUGGCGAGCUGGUGCGUCACGUCCGCUACAAGCACACGCACGAGAAGCCUCACAAAUGUACCGAAUGCGACUACGCCUCCGUCGAGUUGUCUAAGCUGCGUCGCCAUGUUCGCUGUCACACUGGCGAAAGACCUUACCAGUGCCCGCACUGCACGUAUGCAUCUCCCGACACGUUCAAGCUGAAACGUCAUUUGCGCACUCACACUGGCGAGAAGCCUUACAAGUGUGAAAAUUGUAAUAUGUGCUUCACGCAAUCGAACUCUCUGAAAGCGCAUCGCCUGAUACACAACGUGUCGGACAAGCCAGUGUACUCCUGCGAGCUGUGCCCGGCCAAGUGCGGGCGUAAGACGGACUUGCGCAUCCACGUGCAGAAACUGCACACUUCGGACAAGCCGCUCCGGUGCCGCCGCUGCGGGAAAUCCUUCCCCGAUCGUUAUUCCUGCAAAGUGCAUAAUAAGACCCAUGAGGGCGAGAAAUGCUUCAAGUGUGAGAUCUGCCCGUACGCUUCGACGACUCUGCGUCACUUGAAGUCACACAUGCUGAAGCACACCGAUGAGAAGCCGUUCCUCUGUGAUCUGUGCGAUCAGUCCUUCAGGCAGAAGCAACUGCUCCGCCGUCACCAGAAUCUGUACCAUAAUCCCGACUACGUGCCGAAGCCGCCCAAAGAGAAGAAUCAUACUUGCCACGAGUGCAAACGCAUGUUCGCGCACAAGGGUAACCUGAUCCGUCACUUGGCUGUCCACGACCCGGAGUCCGGUCACCAGGAGCAGGCCCUCGCCCUCAAGAUCGGGAGGCAGAGGAAAGUCAAGUUCCUCGAUGCGGAGCCUAGUAGGGAUAUACGUGUGGUGGACCCGACCAAUGCAUCGGAGAUGAUGAAGCUCGGCCUCGCCAACAACGAGAUGAAGAGAGGCGAGCUGGUCACCGUGACGGACGGCGACGGACAGCAGUACGUCGUGCUGGAGGUCAUCCAACUGGAGGACGGCACCGAGCAGCAAGUCGCGGUUGUUGCACCUGAUUACAUGGAAGAGGAUGCGCAGGAAGAGGGUGAAGAAGAAGAGGAGGAGGAGGAAGAGGAGGAAGGAGACGCAGAAAUGAGCUACGGAGGUAAAAGCUCAGAGAAUGACAACAACAUCAAGCUCGAGAAGGAGGUCGAUAGCUGCUUCGGAUUUGAUGAGGAAGAAGAGGAACCGGAUGACGAUGAUUAUACUGAGAAAGUAGUAUUGCGUAUAGUUUAAGUUCUUUCAAUACGCUACGUUGGCACGGCGACCGGCGUUCCGCAGUUGCGCAAAUUGCGCAGACUGCGCAAAACUGUGCAAACAUUCACAUAGUUAUACACACAUUACUUUUACACAUCAAGCUCAUAUACAUUUAAGAUCGUAUACAAUAAAUUUAUUCUAUUCUUUGUAAAUUGUCGCAUGUUUAAGAGGAGGCAAGAUGUCGUACUUAUAGAUCUUAGGUUAUAUUUUAUCAUUUUUUUUUGUUACAAAUUAAGGUGUUUUGAUUAAACCAAUGAUUAUGAAAUGAAAUUAAAUGAAAUUGUUUAUUUUACAAGUUGGACAUUACAUCACUUUUACACGUCAUUUUAAGAACGCUGGGGUCGGCAUUUCCUAACUGACUGAUCCCUGAGAAGAAACGCCUAAACAAACUCAAGGGUCAUACGUCCCCACUCAGAGACAUUUAAUGAUUACUUAAGUCACUCCUUAGUGACGGAAUGUCAUGCAAAUCCUUCACUAAGGAAUGGCUUAAUUAACCAUUAAAUGUCUCUGAGUGGGGAGGAUAGUCUCUUUUAAAGUCCAAACAUGUUAUUAAUCAAAUAAAAUUAUGUGUGAAAAAAAGUGAAUUUGGCAAAGAUUUUGUAAAAUGAGUAGAUUUGCGAGUAUCAUACAUAAUCGUAAAUACAUGUGUAUCGCAUAUUAGAGACAAGUUCCAAGUUUAUCUUUGGACAGUAACAUAUAGAGACAAUUGCCCGACUGUGACGAAGAGUUAUCUACAUAUUGUGAUUAAAUCUUUAACCAAUCAUGUGUAGUACGACAUACUCGCCUCUCCCGUUUUGAUGAUUAAUUAUGGAACACAAAACAAACUCAUCAGAAUCAAACAAUACAAAUAUUAUAUUAUGCAUGUAUGUAUAAGAUAUUUUACACUCGAUUAGCGCUGUAGCGUGCCGACAUAUACCGCGUCGAUUGUACCAAAUACUUAGAUCACAAUCGAAUGUAUUAGUUAUUAUUACGAUAUAAUAUAUUGAGGGCCAAACUGGAGUACGUAACUAGCUUUUAACAAUAUUUAUUUUUAAUGUUUAUGUGAAUCUGCGAGGUAUGGUAUAAGGUUACGCUUCAAUGUGUUGUGAUGUUUAUUUUUAGAAACGAAGGUCCACAAACUGAUGUAAAUAUGGUAUCACUCAUUUAUUAUUUGUGUAUUUAUUUAUUACUCUGACGAAUUAUUCAUCUAAGUAUUCUAGAAACAUCAAGUUAUACUAUGAAGUUUACUCAUGUCCUGAGGGAUCUACUUCAUUUAUUUUACGCUACCAUCGUACACGGUGAGCUUAAAAUCUUGCCUAUUACAAUUAACACCACUUACCAUGUUUGUGUACCUUCAAAAUCAGUGUAUCUAGCUUUGCACUCGUACUUACCACGCAAUCUACGUAGUUACGUACUCUCGUUGUCUCGUACUUGUACAGAAUUUACCUUUAAAUUAAAUAUUAUGCAUUCCGUUUUAAGACGGAAAUAAAAUGUGUAGCGAAGGACGCGAAGCUAGCGGCACUUCUGAAAAGUAAAAAAAAAAUGUUGCACAGUUUAACUAUGCUACGGCGGUUAGUCAUAGUGUGUACCCUUACGGUGCUGUGUUGAACAAAUUGACUCGUUGAAAUGAUCAUGACCGGUAAACUUGAUUUACAGUGUGUGAACGGGCUGAGCUGGUCAGAUCUCAUCUUCGACCGAAAUACUGUGGAUUUGUAUAGACUAUCUAUCUGUCGUUUUGCGAUUAGAGAUUGAAAUCUGACAUACAGAUGUCAAUCGCCAAUCAACGAGAGAUUACUUAUACAAAUCCUUAGAUAGCUUACAGAAAUAGCCGCUAGCUUGUUAUCCUACGAUUGUUUACGCAUUAAAUGUCUGAGUAU